AUGCAGAUCUUUGUGAAGACCCUCACCGGCAAGACCAUCACCCUCGAGGUCGAGUCCUCCGACACGAUCGACAAUGUGAAGGCCAAGAUUCAGGACAAGGAGGGUAUCCCGCCCGACCAACAGCGUCUUAUCUUCGCCGGCAAGCAGCUCGAGGAUGGCCGCACUCUUUCUGACUACAACAUCCAGAAAGAGAGCACCCUCCACCUUGUCCUCCGUCUCCGUGGCGGUAUGCAGAUUUUCGUGAAGACCCUCACUGGCAAGACCAUUACGCUUGAAGUGGAGUCCUCGGACACUAUUGACAACGUAAAGGCCAAGAUCCAGGACAAGGAGGGUAUUCCCCCGGAUCAGCAGCGCCUCAUCUUUGCUGGCAAGCAGCUUGAGGAUGGCCGGACGCUCUCUGACUACAACAUCCAGAAGGAGAGCACCCUCCACCUUGUCCUCCGUCUCCGCGGUGGUAUGCAGAUCUUUGUGAAGACGCUCACGGGCAAGACCAUUACCCUCGAGGUCGAGUCUUCCGACACUAUCGACAACGUCAAGGCGAAGAUUCAGGACAAGGAGGGUAUCCCGCCCGACCAGCAGCGCUUGAUCUUUGCCGGCAAGCAGCUCGAGGACGGCCGUACCCUUUCCGACUACAACAUCCAGAAGGAGAGUACGCUUCACCUCGUCCUUCGUCUGCGUGGAGGUAUGCAAAUCUUCGUCAAGACAUUGACGGGGAAGACGAUUACUCUGGAGGUGGAGUCUUCGGAUACAAUCGACAACGUCAAGGCGAAGAUCCAAGACAAGGAAGGUAUUCCUCCCGACCAGCAGCGUCUCAUCUUCGCUGGUAAGCAGCUGGAGGACGGUCGCACACUCUCCGACUACAACAUCCAGAAGGAGAGUACUCUGCACCUUGUCCUUCGUCUCCGUGGCGGUAUGCAGAUCUUCGUCAAGACGUUGACUGGCAAGACUAUCACUCUCGAGGUCGAGUCUUCUGACACGAUCGACAAUGUGAAGGCGAAGAUCCAGGACAAAGAGGGCAUCCCGCCUGACCAGCAGCGUUUGAUCUUCGCUGGCAAGCAGCUCGAAGACGGGCGUACGCUUUCUGACUACAACAUUCAGAAGGAAAGCACGCUGCACCUUGUCCUUCGUCUGCGUGGUGGCAUGCAGAUCUUUGUUAAGACGUUGACGGGUAAGACGAUUACUCUCGAGGUCGAGUCGUCGGACACCAUCGACAACGUCAAGGCAAAGAUCCAGGACAAGGAGGGCAUCCCGCCUGACCAGCAGCGCCUGAUUUUCGCUGGGAAGCAGUUGGAGGACGGUCGCACUCUGUCGGACUACAACAUCCAGAAGGAGAGCACCCUUCACUUGGUGCUGCGACUCCGUGGCGGCUGCUGA